CUCUCUCAAACCACGGCGGAAUCUGAAGAAUCAAAACCAGGGAAGAAGUAAAUAACACUCCCUCUCUCUCCGUCUCUUUCCGACUGGAACGAGUCAUUUGAAUUCACUAACUCAGUCGUCUCUCACUCGCUGACUCGCCCUAUGAAGAAUGUCUUAACGUGUAACUGUUUCAAUAAACGGCGUAUGGUUUCUCUUCUUACACGCCGGCAUUAUUCACUCGGUACUCUCUCCUCAGCUUUACAACAUGAUAAAGCAUCUAACACAGUUUUGUCGAAUAGUACUUACAUGAUUGGUUUGAGACAUAUUGAUUUUGGAGGACGAAGAAGUUCUGGUUUGUUCUCAGUGCACUCACUGCAACAUCACUUUUAUUCAACUGGUUUUACUAGCGUACAUGGCGAAAGGCCAUCUGCAGAAUAUGCAAUGUUACGAAAGGAGUCUUUGGAGAGUGAAUUUGGUCACGCGCUUGGAAAUUAUAGCUCCAGAAACCUUUCAGCUUAUUACCGUUUUGGGCCCUUCCUGGCUUUGUAUAGAGCAGCCAUUAUCUCAUUUCAGUUGACAAAAUUAACUGUAUGGCACUUUUUUCUUCAAGACAUUCGUAGCCGAGCUGUUAAGUUCAGGGAAACUCUAAUCCGUUUGGGGCCUUUCUAUGUGAAGCUUGGCCAGGCUUUGAGCACGCGGCCAGAUAUACUACCUUCUGUUUACUGUCAAGAACUAGCCAAGCUACAGGAUCAAAUACCUCCCUUUCCAACACAUCUGGCAUACAAGUCUAUCGAAGCUCAAUUGGGAGCUCCACUAUCAAAGAUAUUUGCGGACAUAGGUUCUGAACCCCUCGCAGCAGCAUCCCUAGGGCAGGUCUAUAAAGCCCAUCUGCACUCUGGGGAACUUGUGGCUGUUAAAGUCCAGAGACCUGGUAUGUCACUCUCGUUGACACUUGAUGCCCUAUUAUUUCAUAUGAUUGGAGGCCAGCUGAAGAGAUUUGCAAAUGCCCGGAAAGAUCUUUUGGUAGCAGUCAAUGAGAUGGUCCGGCACAUGUUUGAAGAGAUUGAUUACAUCCUUGAGGGACAAAAUGCGGAACGCUUUGCUUCUUUGUAUGGCUCAUACCCAGGCCACAACCAGAAUAGUCAAGAAAGAACAUCAGCUGCUGAUGUUGCAGGGAAAAAGAAUAUAACCUAUAUUAAGGUUCCAAAAAUAUAUUGGAACCUCACGAGAAAGGCUGUACUAACGAUGGAAUGGAUUGAUGGGAUCAAGCUUACAGAUGCAGACCGCUUGAGCAAAGCCUCGUUGAACAGGAAGGAACUUAUUGACCAGGGGCUGCAUUGCUCAUUGAGGCAGUUGCUUGAGGUGGGGUUUUUCCAUGCUGAUCCCCAUCCCGGAAAUCUAGUUGCUACGAAAGACGGUAACCUUGCAUACUUUGAUUUUGGUAUGAUGGGAGAUAUUCCUCGCCAUUAUCAAAUUGGCCUUAUACAAGUGCUUGUACACUAUGUUAACCGUGAUUCUCUGGGCUUAGCAAACGACUUCCUUUCUCUGGGAUUUAUACCUGAAGGGGUUGAUAUACAGGCAGUUGCAGAUGCGUUAAAAGCAUCUUUUGGCGACGGGACCCGGCAAUCUCAAGAUUUCCAGGGUAUAAUGAACCAACUAUAUGAUGUUAUGUACGAAUUCAACUUUUGUCUUCCUCCAGACUAUGCACUGGUAAUAAGAGCUUUAGGAUCACUUGAAGGGACUGCGAAAGCACUGGAUCCUGAAUUCAAAGUUGUGGAGAGUGCAUAUCCUUUCGUUAUUGGAAGACUUCUUGCAGAUCCUCAUCCUGAUAUGAGGAAAAUAUUGAUGCAGCUACUUAUUCGUAAUGAUGGCUCCGUUAGAUGGAAUCGGCUUGAACGCCUGGUUGUUGCAAUCUCUGAGCAAGCUUCUGGAUCAGCCGAGGAACCUCUUGAUAACCCUGCUUCUGGAUGGAAAUUCUUUGACAUGCGUUCUGUUGUUGCUGCGACCGAAGAUCUUUUUCAUUUCAUUCUGUCAGAGAAGGGUUGGAGGGUGAGGGUCUUUCUAGUUCAGGAUAUUAUUAGAGCAGCUGAUGACUUUCUUCAAGAUGAAGUUCUUCCACGUGUCUUGCACGAAAAAUUUCAAAGGAAAGAUCCACCAAAUGAGGGACCCACUGCAAGUGCUAGGCUGAAUAACGGGUUCCAAUCACUUUAUCGAGCAGUAAAGGCUGCCCCAGAAGUGUGGGCAGCCAUGAUUAUACGCCUGGCGGCAAAACCUGAGAUUCAUCGGUUCAAUAUAGAGAUUAUCUGUGCUUUGGUGAAGCAUUCCAAUAAAGAGCUCCCGGAAGCUCUUUUUCUUUGUAUUUCUAAGUAUCUACAUAAGUUGGAGCAAGAGAAGUACAGGUCCGAUGAUUUUGAACAUCGGUAAACAUCAGGUGGUUUAAUUUUGUCCAAUGUUUAUAUAAUGUCGGGGCUAAUUGGAUAUAUAGCCUCCUGGGAAACGCACAUAAAACUUCGAAGCGGAAGAGUUGGGGAUAUGGGGUCAUGCAGGGGUUUAUAGGGGCUCCUGGGGCUGCUGAGGUAUACCCCGAGGUUGAGGUUUUCUUUUAUACACAUUAUCUAUGAUAUGGGAGAAGUUCUGUUGCGAAGAAGAGUACAUAUACUGGUCAGAUUCGUCGAUUGUUAGCAUUUCUGAAUUUAUUAUUAUGUAAACGAGGUUCCUAAGAAAUUUGUAUUUGGACCUCAUGCAUUAUACGCAAUAACAAUCAGAUAGCGAAAGUUUUCCUCCUUUUUGUUACUUUACUCUUGAGUUGGUUCCCAAAAUGGUGUUUAAACAGGAAAACUCAAUCUUAUGGGUCAACCUUGCAGUAAUGUAUAUCUGUAGAAGUAUGAUAUAUUAGUCAAAAUAACUGUGCGGAUAGGGAGGCGUGUAUGUAAUGGUGAAGCUUCUUGGGAAACUUUAUUUGAUUUUCGAAACAAGGCUGACGUUGCAACUUUGUUUAACUCUUGUUCAGGAGGUUCAAGUUUUGACCCUGAUGUCUGUCUGUUCACAGUUGAAAAGCUAAUUCAAAUGUACCAAAGAUCAGGCAUGCUUUGCUUGUUCUGAAGGAUAAAUCCCGUUGGUGUGCUGCAGAUAUUUGCGUCAGCGAAAAUUUGUUGUGGCCUUAAAUCUGUGAUUCUACAUACUUCUGUAGUUAAUUUUUCUUACUGCAAAUGGGCAAGAGUAUUUGCAUCCGCAAGCAGCUAAGAAUGGGAUUGAGGUGUCAGGUAUGAACUACUUUCGUGAAGCAAGAAAUUCUGGGAUGAUUCGAGUAAGGUCCUAUGAGAACAUGAGUUGCUUAAUCAUCAGUCUUAUCACACAAUCCAAUCACCAGUCUUGAAAAAAUUAUCCAUUGUAUUACCUUAUUAGAUACUAUUCCAUCUUUUUUACUAAAUUA